AUGGAUGCAACACAGCAAGCUCUGAUCGCCUUUGGUAACAACAAUACUAUAGAACUUUCGGGUUCCUCUACCUCUCCACAUCAUGAUGGCACUGACACCAAUCCCUUCUCCUGCAAUAUCUGCAAGCGAAGUUAUAUGCGAGUUGACCACCUGGCCCGCCAUUACCGAUCACACACACAUGAAAAGCCCUUCGGAUGCGACAUCUGUGGAAAGAGCUUUGCCAGAUCGGACUUGCUGAAGCGUCAUGCCAACGGCCACAAUCAAGAUGAAUCUGGCCGAGGUCUCAAAAAUCCCACCAAGCCAGCUCAUCCCAGAGUCUUUCAAGCUUGCGUAGCUUGUGCCGAAGCCAAACUCCGCUGUGAAGGCACCUCUCCAUGUGGCCGAUGUAAGAAAAAAGGGAUGUCGUGCGCAUAUGCACAAUCCCGCUCUCGAAGAUCCAUGGAUUCUACACGCCAUCGCUAUGCCAGUCGAUCCAGCGUCUCCUCCGACACAAUCGCUCCUUCAACCUUUCAGAUGCCCGUUCCAUCUCAGCAGGGCCAAUGUCAGCCAUCCCAUACACAUGUCUCACCCCUUGCACAGCAGCCGCAUUCGGACAUGAUGAUGGUUCCGGUGACCGCCAACCCAAUGCCUACCGCGGCCUCAGCAACAGAUCAUUCAAUACUGGAUCCCACUCAGCUGCCUGAUGUCCCCAGCUUCGAACAAGGGGACCGAGCCGCAAACUUAGGGGAGCUGAGUGACGGGAUGGUCGAGUCGGCCAUGAUGCGCAUGGGUUCACCAUUCCACCAGGCCGAUCCUUCUCCAAUGAGCUUUGAUGAUGUCCCUUUUCUGGAUUUUCUUAGACAUGUUAUGACUCCUGCUCCAAAUAAUGAUGUCCGGCCUUUGAGUUCAGACGCCAUCCAGCCAUACUCUCGUAAUCUUUUGGAUUUCAACGGGGAUCAUGCCUUUGACAUAGACUUGAACGGUUUUGCGCCAAAUUUAUUCAUCCCCAACCAAGUCUCACAAUUCUCCACGGUCCGAUUCGAUGGAGACGAGCCUCUUCCUUCGAAAGGCGGCUAUAGUACUCCAGGAAACGUAUUGCGGGGCAGCAUCACCCUUGGCGAGCAAGCCUUCAGAGAUUCCAUCUGGCUGUGGACGCCUACUCUGGGAGAUAUCGGCAAUGCCGAACAGGCCAAUUUGUCCCUUCCGUUUGACCAUAGCAUAUUGGAGACGGAAGGAAUUGACCCUGCACCUAUUCCAGAGCAGUUGAGCUUAGCCUCUCGGGAUAGCAUCCUAGCCCUGAUCUUGAGCACGUGCAAUGCGACCAUCUACCCUCGCGUCGUAUCGUGUUUUCCUUCACAAGCAAUGCUGACGAGAUUGUUGAACAUCUCUCUGAUUCAUCAUUUGCGUGGGGACGAUUCUUGGAUUCAUCCGGGCACCCUGAGUAUCAACGAGGAGAUACCCGAAUUUUUGGCGGCAAUGAUUGCCUCUGGAGCUACCACCUGCCGCGUUCCAGAAAUCAGAAAGCUUGGCUUUGCGAUCCAGGAGGCUGUCCGAAUGGCGAUGCCGGAGAGAUUCGAGAGUGACAACAGAAACACACGCAAGUUGAGAAUGCUGCAAUCGUACGCUUUGCAUUUGAACGUCUCGCUGUGGAGUGGGGACCGACGCAAGAUGGAGAUCGCAGAGAGUUUUGCUCUGCCCCUGGUCACCAUGAUGCGGAGGGCCGGUCAAUUUCGACGACAUCGACACCCUGAGACCGUGCCUCAGGAAAGCGAUGAUGAGAGGACGACAGAUUCCAAGUGGCGGGCCUGGGCAGAAGCGGAGUCCUUCAAACGCCUUGGCCUUCAUUUGUUCUUUAGAGACGCUCAGUCCUCCACCUCCCUUCUCACCCAGCCACUUAUCUCAUACUCCGAACUUUCCGCCGAUCUACCUUAUUCGAGAGAUUUGUGGCUGGCAAAAACCGCCGGUGAUUGGAAAAGCCUGUAUCUUGCCAAACGAGACCAGAUAGAUGAUCGUCUUCCAUCUAUUCGGCACUGCAUUGACGACACCAGUGUGAUCUUCAGGUUUGGGCAUGUCGUCGACGUCCAAAUGACUCUCGCCCUUGUCCUUUCUUCCAUCUGGGCAUUGAUUUGGCAAUAUCGACAGAUGAAGGAAACACUGAAUGUCAACAAUAAAGGUGAUUCUCGGAUCAAUGGGAUGACGGCGAAUUCCCUGUACCAGGAAACUACACGAUUGAUUCAGCAUCUGCGUCUGAAUGCCACCGAGUGGGAAGGGAGCAUGACUCCUCCUUCAACGCUGCUGCGCGAACUUUGCCUCAUGCAUCUGCAUGUGUCGCUGGAAGAUGUCCAACUUUUAGCCGGUAAGGAGGGAGAAGAGGAAGCGAGAAAGGUGUUUCCUUUACUGAAAGUUUGGGCCGAGUCGGCCGAGUCACGACAAGCCCUUUUCCAUGCCGGACAAAUCUUACGUGCGGCGAAGCAGUACCCGAAUGGGAUGUUACGCGAAGCGUCGGCUGUGGCGGUCUACCAUGCCAGUCUGGCUUUUUGGGCCUACGCUGUCCUCGGCAAAGCUGUGACGGCCACUGAAUCUCCUCUGUCAAACUUUGCGUCUCAACCCACACCUUCACCCGAUGAUAAAAUUGCAGGGCAUGUCAGACUGGACGGAGAAGAUGGACCCGAGCUCCAACGAUUUCUGGUAUUAGGCAGAGGAGUGCCUUCAAUCCGCCGAUAUUUAGAAGGGGAAAAGUCAAACGGGAAGCCCGAUGUGCCAUUGACGGAUCCCGUGGCGACGAUGGCCGCCAUCACCGAUCUGUUGCGCAAGAAGAACUGGGGUGAUGAACGCAGCUGUCCGCCUUUAGUUACGAACUUGAAUAAGCUGAUGAAGUCUUUGGGAGGCGCGGCGGCAGCUGUGCGAAAGAGGUGA